AUGACCUUUCAAUCGCAAAUUUCACAGAAUAAUGGUAUCAUGUUACAUAGAAUCGAGCUUUCGAGGGAGCUUUCUCUGAUCGCAUUACUGGUAAAAAAAAAUAGCAACCAAAUUUCCCCCAAAUCACACCCUACGAUUUCUAAUAAACAGGAGCAUACUGGAUACUAUAUAGCUGAGGUAUAUAAGAAAGGGAUGAUCACUGCUAGAAUGCAUUUCAUCAUAGAUCUAUUCAAUUGGGUUUGAUCUAAGACAUUCCAGCCCUGACAUCCAGACAUUAAUUCAGAUAUAGUACAUCUAGGACUACAUCAUCUACGUGUUCACCUUUUUUGUAAGAACAGAGGGCGUGAUUAGGUGAUAUUUAGAAGUUAUUUAAAGCAGAAGUUUAUUCGUUGGUUCGCAAACAACAUGUUUAGAAUGGAGUAAGCGAGCGUCUUCGGAUAAAUGUAACCUGCUUUCAAAUAGAUUUUACGUAGCGGUUUCGAUUUCCGGUCACACCUACUUCUUUUCAUUGUCAUUUCUGGAGGAAAUGUUGACCCUCAAGUAAUACCAUGACGUCUAAAGAGAAAACAACCCAUUAAUAAACACUGCUGAGGAUUAGUAAAUGUUUGAUAUGUGGCUCCGUUUGCUUCAACUACAAAGACAUUCACACAUUUCUAUUUGUGUCAAUUGGAUUGAAAAAUCUAGCAACAAAGAAAAAUACAAAACCAGUUGAAAAAUGGCAGAGGAUCUUUGGUCCCCUAUAGCUCACGUGUAUGACCCCCUUAUGGCAGGGAGUAUCGAUGGAACAGACGAUGUUGCCCAUGACCAUGGCAUAGUGCGAGCUCUCAGUUGUAAAUAUAAACCUAACAAACAGGUUGCUGGAGAUCCUAGCAGGACAAUUUUUGCUUCCAGACUGAACCCGAAAACUGAUGAGAACAGCCUCCGUAGAUGUUUCAGCGAAUACGGCCAAAUUAAGCAGUUACGUCUUAUCCGAGAUAUUGUUACAGGAUUUACACGAGGUUAUGGUUUUAUAGAGUAUGAAGAGGAGUAUUCCGCACGAAAGGCCUUCGUUCAAGCGAAUAAAUCUCUGCUGGAUGGCUCUGAAAUAUUCGUUGACUUUGAACGGGAACGAAUUUUGAAAAACUGGGUUCCUCGUAGACUUGGGGGAGGCUUUGGUGGAAAUAAAGAAUCAGGGCAAUUGCGUUUUGGCGGUAGGGACCGGCCGUUUAAGAAGCCAAUUAUUGUCAAUUCAGAUAGUAACAGUGGAUAUAAAAAAUGGGACUACAAAGACAGCUCCCACCAAAAGAAUAGGGAUUUUCAACACAAAGAUGGCAGGUUUGGCUCUGAAAGGGGAGGGAAUUAUUCUCGGAGUGAUAGCAGAGAAUUUAGAGAUAGAGGAGACAGAGGUGGGAAUUCUGAGAGGAACUACAGAAGUAGAGAAAGAGGGAGAGAGAGUUUAGAAUCUAAAUACAGAGACAGGGGUUAUAGAAAUGAGGAGAGAAGAAAUAGAUGAAAAUAAAUUAUUUAAUUUAUUAUUUUCAAGACAAUGGAGUAGAAGAAAUGAGAGAGUACCAGAUUAAACACCUGGCAGUAUUUAAUUUCAUCCCUCUAUGUUCUGAGUUCAAAUCACACUGAAAUCAAUAUUGACUGACCAAUAAAAUAAAUAUUAGGUACGUACCAACUAGAGAACCUCCUGUGGUUGCUCUGUCCGAUUAAAGUAACACCCAAAUCUUAAAAAAGGAUACAUUGGGCAUUGGUACAGGUAUAGCUUUGUGGUUAAGCAGUUCACUUCACAACCAUGUGGUUUCAGGUUCAGUCCCACUAAACAGUACCUCAAGCAAGUGUCUGCUACUAUAGCCCCAGGCUGACAUAUGCCUUGUGAGUGAAUUUGGUUGAUGGAAACUUUGUAAAAGCCUGUCAUAUAUUUACAUACACAUAUAUAUUUGUGCAUGUGCAUAUCUGUGUUUGUCCCUUCACUUAUGGACAACUGAUAUUGGUUUGUUUAUACCCACAUAACUUUGCAAUUCGUCUUAAGAGGCUGAUAUACUAUGCACCCGAUUUAAAAAAAUAAGUCCUGGGGGUCAGUUUGAUUGGCUAAACCAAUCAAGGUGGUAUCCCAGCAUGGCCACAGUCCAAUGACUGAAAGAAGUAAAAGAAUAAUGUAAUCCCAUUUAUACAACACGACUGGAUAAUGACAGCUGAGACUCCUUUGACUAAAGUUCUGUUUAGUCAGCACUGAUUAACGGUCGAAUGACAUUAUUAUUAUUAUUAUUAUUAUCAUCAUUAAACAUGUCCUGGAAUUGAUUCAGUUGCCUUUGCUCUUUCCCUAAAAAUCAUACAUUUUUUUCUUUAAUACUCUGGGAUAAAAUAUAGUUUCAACUUUUGACUGCUUGUGACAGAGAAUGGGCUAAAUGUCUUCCAGAAUUAUAUCUCAGUGGCUCUUCCACAUCUCUGUGUUCAAAUCCCAGAUGAUGUAUUCCACUCUGGAUACCCCAAUGGCAGAUCAGGUGGAUGAAGUUACAUAACUCGGCAGAUGAAGGCUGCAACAGAUUUGACCACUUCAAUUGUACUGGUUUCCUUGCCAUUUGGGUCCAGUUGGCAGAUUUGUGAAGGUCUGCAUGAAUCCUGGAGUGUGGCAGCAAGUACACAUUAAACAACAUCACACACAGGCAUCUUUGUUUCAAGAAAGAAACACUGAAAACUAGGAGUGCAGAGAUCCAUCAUCAAAGAGGAACUAACAACUUUUGAGACCAGUCGGAUUGCUGAACAAGAGGAGGCACAGAAAAGAUAGAAAGGAACAGCCUAGAAGAGAUCCUUCAUCUGGAACCACCUGUCUCAUUUGGAAAAAUUUUUAGACAUUUUAUUGUUGUCUUCCACCAUUCUUGAUCUUGAGGGGUAGACACAAUGAUGACAAUAAAAAGUUUUUAAAAAAUUUCCCCAGGUCCUAUAUGUGAAAUUGGGUCUCCCAAAAGUUUUAAAGCACUGAAAACUUAUUUUCCCUGAGUACGCAUUGCUGAAUUUGGAGUGUAUCUUAUGUCACUGUGCGUCUUUUAUGCUAUCAAAUGUAAUAUUUAUGUGAUCAAAAUUUGGGGGGAGGGGUCCAGUCGAAUAGAUCAAACCCAGUACGCAACUGGUACUUAAUUUAUUGACCCCAAAAGGAUGAAAGGCAAAGUCAACCUCAGCGGAAUUUAAACUCAGAAUAUAAAGACUUAUGAAAUACCGCUCAGCAUUUCGCUCGGCAUGCUAACAUUUCUGCCAGCUCAUCGCCUCAGUAUUUAUGUGAUAUACGAGAGUGUUGCCCAUUGUAUAACAAGCAACUUUGGGAGUAUAUUUUUGUCACAAUGGCUAAUAUCAGGAAAUACGGCAUACAUAUAGUAAUUAUAGUUUAAUUUUUAUUAAAUUUCAUAGUGCGUAUACAAAAUGCUGAAUACUAAUUUUCAAAAGAAAAAUAUUAUCUUAAAAUUAAAAUAAAUGAGACAAAUUUCUCAUUUGUAUAUUUGCAAUAAAUAUAUGUUAUUAUUUUUCUAAAUUUUAUCAACAUAAUUGCAUUCAACUCCAUCUUUGCAAAAUUUUAUUUAAGAAAAGGGAAGAAAAAAGUGGGGUUUUUUUUUCAGAAAAAUAUGUGGUGGGGUACCAAAGAGGAGUUAUGCUCCCUCACUCUCAUCGGGCCUAGUAGGUGCACCUAUCUUCCAUGUCUAAUGUUAAAGCUCUCUUUAUCUCUCUUUACACUCCCCACCUCUUCAUAUUACACACACACACACACGUACAUAUGCACACAUUUUUUCCAAGCGAAAUCUUUAUGCCAUUACUGCUCUGAGUUUUCUGUUGCUAUCAUGUCCUCAUAAACCAUCUUCAGGAAUAUGAUAGCAACAAGAAACUCUUGAGUUGCAAUGAAGUGAAGUGUCAGAUUUAAAUAAAUUGAUAAAGGCGUCUACCACUAAUAUCAAGUACUUGUUUUUCUUGCUUGUCUAUCCAAAGAUACAUUCACUCACACACGCACGCACACACACACACACACACACACACAAACAAACAAUAUAUAUAUAUACACACAUAUAUGUAUAUAUGAGAGUCAAGACUAUUAAAAAGGUUGCAAGACGCAACGAAAAUUUUAGGAAAAUAAAAAUAAGAAAUAAGUGGAAAUUUUAAGGCACAAUAAGAAAAUGACUCUCCCCAGACACAACAAUAUAUAUAUGUAUAUAUAUUUAUAUAAAAAGGAGAUUGUAAGAAUUUCGGAUAAGUAUUUAUUUAGCAGUUUCAUCUCAUUUCAGAGAACCAUCAAGAAUAUACGUGUAUGUAUGUAUGUAUGUAUGUGUGUUUAUACAUACAUCAUCAUCAUAUAUAUAUAUAUAUAUAUAUAUUCACAAUUUCAUUCAGCAAUUGUCAGUCACACAAAAUGGUUAUCCAGAAGACUGGCCAUUUUAAUCCUAGUAAGCUAUUUAGAACAUUGCUCACUGUUGGGUUUCCCAAUCUCGAGUGUAAUGUGUUGUGUGUGUGUGUGUAAAUUAAUUUUGUUAUCUCCUUAAAUUAUUAGCAAGUAAAUAAAAAAAACCUCAAAAAACAAGACCUGUAAAAGUAUAUAAAAAUGUAACUAAAUUGUUAAUAACAUCAUUGAAAGUCUUUGUUGUUGUUGUUGAUUUUGCAUAUCUUUAUCUUGUUUUAGAAAAUAAGGGGAUCUGUAGGGAUUACUAAACACGAUUAUUUUAUAGAAUUCAUUGUUGUUAGGGGAUUAACUGAGCUGAAGGGCUGAAGAUAAAUAAUUUGAGCACCUUAAAAUAAAAUCUCUGCUCUGGGCUAAAAUAAACACAAGUCUUUAUUUAUGUUUGGUUUUAUUUAUUUUCUUUUAUUUUUUAUAUUUACUUGUCCUUAUGAUAUUUAUAUCGUAAAUAUUUCAUUUAUUUAUUUUCCUUAAUAAUGUAUCAAACAUGCAUCUGAUCUGAUUGCCACCUAUUCCAGUGCUGGAUUAACAAUUAAGCAAGAUAAGCACAUGUUUAGGCCAUCAAGGGAAGCGAGGCACUAAAGAAAUGGUAAAUGGCUUAUGGCACUAAAGAAAUCACUUUAAACUAUCCCAAAUAAUAUUCAGGAUGUUUUAUCUCUACUAAGUAUAGAAACAGAUGUGUUAUGUAAGAUUAAUUCUGAGGAUUUGAUCAAAAACUUUGUGAUUAAAAAAAAAACAGUAGAAGAAAACUUUUAGAAUUUAAUUAAAGUGGAAGUAUACAAAAAUAAGCAUUAUUUUCUAUCUUACAACUAAUUUUGUUUUAUUUUGAAUUAUAAUUGUAUGGGGCCACUAAAAUCUUUUAAUUGCUUAGGGUCUAUGGAUCUUAAUCCAGCCCUGAUCUAUUCAUGUAUCUUUCUUCAUCUUCUCUUAGACAAUGGAUGUCUCCUACCGUCAGCACAUGGCAAUCAGUUACUCAGUCAAACCAGAACAAUCUUUUAUCUUUCUUUUACUUCUUUCAAUCAUAUCAGCUGAAAUGUGUUAACAACAGUGUCUUCUUAGGUCUCCAUCUUGUGUGAGUUCUGUCCACAUUUAGUGAUCUGCACUUUGUGUGGCUGUUCUUAUUCAUGCACAUUGCAUGUCCAUACCAGCGCAGUCUUCUUUCCUGCAUACUACAUCUGAUUCAGUUCUAUAUUUAAGAGAUGAGGAAUUAUUUACAUUUGAUGGAUAUUUGUCCUCAUCUUGUUUGUUGUUAACACAAUGUUUCAGCUCAUAUACCCUCCAGCCUUCAUCAGGUGUCUUGGGGAAAUUUCGAACCUGGGUUCUCAUUCCUAAGGUAUUUUUUUAUAAACCCUAAAAUUCACUCCAUAAUUGCCCACGGGCAUAUGGUGUAGUGGUUAAGAGCAUGGGCUACUAACCCCAAGAUUCCGAGUUCGAUUCCAGGCAGUGAUCUGAAUAAUAAUAAUAAUAAUAACAUCAUCGAAAAAUACCUUAGGACCCAGGUUCGAAAUUUUCCCAAGACACCUGAUGAAGGCUGGAGGGUGUAUCAGCGGAAACGUGUUAACAACAAAUAUCUGUCAAAUGUAAAUAAUGUAAAUAAUGUACAUCUGAUUCCUCUUAUGUUCAGUUUUUAGUACACUUGUACUAUGUCUUCUUUACACAGUUACAUUGCAUGUGCAACAGUGCAUGCUCACUUCUCAACUCCUCUGCAUUCAAGAUCCAUGCUUCACUAUCAUGCAGCAUUGCAGUUCUGACAAAAGCAUCAUACAAUCUGCCCUUCAUUCUAAGGUCAAAGAAUCAAAGAACGGGGAAAGAGAGGUCAUUGAAAACUUCAAGUCACUACGACUUCACUAGAUCCUGAUGGAGAUACACUGGAAGAGGAGAAUUAAGCAAACAGAAAGCACUCUUUCCAAUUGGAUUUGAUAACUAACGAAUGAUUGCUUACAUGGUUUGCAAGUUAAUGAGAUCUAGAAAUGAAGGAACUUAAGUAGGGAAGGCAUCAGGUGGGUAAUGCUGUUUAGAAAUGUAAACUAAAUCUAUAAAGCUUCAUUCAUUCCGAAAUUUGUGUCGUUCACAAUCUGAAUGAAAAAAAACAAAAAAACCCCCAGCAAAGAUAGUACUUUGCUAUAUACUAAAAAAAAAAAGAUAUCCAUGAUUUAAACUUAAGAACCAACAACAUGAGAACCAUAUCCUUUUAAGAAUCACACAUAAUGCAAACAAGGAAUUAUUUUAAGGAGGGAGGGAGGGGGGAGUGAAUAAAAAAAAAAAUUCUCUGAAAUGGUAAAAUUUUAAUACUUUUAAAUCUAUUUCUCAUAUCUCUUAGAUAAUAAUAUAAGCUGAUGUAUAGCAUUACAUUUAACAAACUAGAAAAACAAAUAUGAAAAAAAAAAAGGCUUUCAAUUUUAGGAUGAUGUAAGGAUGAUUUUGAAAGACAGUUCUAACUAAAAAAAGAGAAAAA